AUGACAUCUCCGCCGUCGACGUCCGCUUCCGCUCUAAAUGUCGGCAUUUUGGGGCAUGUGGACUCGGGAAAAACGACAUUAACGCGAAGAAUCGCCGAGGUUUCCGCAAAGAAAACGAGAAUUUUUGUGGAAAAAUUGGUCGGAUUCAGAUGGGAUCGACGUCGGCGUUUGACGCCCACGCCUCCACUUCAAAAGACCUCCGUCGGAACACACUCGACUUGGGAUUCUCGACGAUGACGUGCUCCGGAAGGCGAUUGGCUCUGAUUGACUGUCCCGGACAUUCGGGGCUCAUUCGGGCGGUGCUCGCCGCCAGCACUGUUUUCGAUAUGGCCAUUGUGGUGAGCGAAAAUGUGACCCUAAAAGUGAUUUUGUAAUUAUGCCGAUGGUAUAAAUAUCAUAUCUCACACGCUAACGUUUUAGGGACAGACCUCCUUUAAUGCAACCUCGCUCCUCUGCAAAUUGCAGAUAAUUGACGCGAUGGCCGGAAUCCAGCCGCAAACUGCCGAACACCUCCUUCUCGCCUCCCUUUUCUGCCCUGAAAAAGUGAUAAUAGUGAUGAACAAGUGCGAUUUGGCGAAUGAGAAACAUGCGAAAGUAUACCUCGGAUUUUUGAGAUGUUCGAAAAUAUUCUAAUGUUUUCAGCUAGACGACGUUAAAAGAAAAGUGCGAAGAGGGUUGAAAUCGGUGGGCAUUUCGGAAGAAUCACCAAUUGUCGAGAUGAGUCUGGUGGACGGUCAUUUUCAGAUGGAAAUGCUCGAAAAUUUGAAAAAAGCGAUUGGUUCGAAGCUUUUCGAACCACAGAGGGAUUUCCAAGAAGCGUAGGAGAAUUUCGACCAAAAGUGAGAAAAUGACAACAUUUCAGACUUCUAAUUGCGCUGGAUCAUUGUUUCGCAGCCAAAGGCAAAGGAACAGUGCUUACCGGGACCGUUAUUCGCGGAAUUUUGAGGUAGAAAUCGCACUAAAAACACUCAGUACUUAGUGAAAUAGCGAAAUAUUUAGAAAAGCAAAAAGACAACAAUUUUCAACGAUUUUUCGAAGAGAAAACGGAAGGGAUAGAAGAAUUCCUUGAAAAUUACAGAAAAAGCGAAAAAUUGACGAAAGUUGCGAACAAAAACCAAUCGAACGAUCGGCCAAGAAAAGCUUAAGAGUGUUCGCGAAGGACAUUUCAGAGUUCUUCUACGGGGCGCGAAAAAGUUUAGUUUUUCACGGGGUCGUCAUGGGUACAUCGAAAACUAAAAUUUGAACUUCCGCCGACGGUCGAUUGCGUAGCGCCCCUAUCUUAAAGCAUUAGGCCAAAGCAAAAUUCUUGAAAAUUUCAGUAGAGCGCACUUGCGCCAGUGUACCCCGCCACGACUCCGUGGUUUUUGAACGGCACGUCGUUUUUCCCGAGUGUGUUCAGCUCUGUCCUGCGCGCUUUCAUAGAAGUGUGCAAUUGUGAACUAUCAGACUCGACCAAGAACUCGAGUUCCCGGCCCUCCAGGAGCGACGUCGCAUCAAAACUCUCGAGUCCUGGAAGCAGCAGGUGGAUCAAGUGUCCGCCGGGGAACGAGCCGCCUUUCUGGUGGCCUCUUUCGACGAACACCGCUUCUCCCGAUGCCUGAUCGGUGCUCCAGGCGCUCUCCGAUCAGUCCGAACUGUGCUCGCUUCCGUGCAGCCCGUGCUCUUCUUCCGAAGCCAAGUGAGCUCUCGGAGCAAACUGCACAUUUCGGUAGCCUUCGAGACCGUCAUGGCCGAGUGUCAGUUUUUGAGAGAAGUGCCAGGAACUGAGGAGUUGGAGCAGGUAAGAAACUCUAUUAUAGGGGCACCACACAGAAAUGGCGCUCUGUUGAGAAACUCUUUUUGCAGUGCAAAUUGAGCGACCUCGGGGCCGAGUUUGAAAAGUUAGGCCACGUUUUCAGUGGAAAAUUACUUCGCGGCCUAGAAAUUCUGCCAGAUUGCGAACAGCGCGCCCUUUCUGUCCGGUGCCCCUAUAAUAACAGAAUUGCAAUGUCUUUUUUCUCGUUUUAGCUCUCUCAUCUGGAAACCGAAUCCACGUGCCUCGUACUUUUGACGUUUGAAAAGUCGAUAUUCGUCCCCGACGACUUCAGAAUUCCCUUCGUGGCUUCUCGGCUGGAGCAGCAAGCUGGAAAAGGAUGCAGAUUUGCGUUCAGCGGGAACUUCAGAAGGAUUUUCGCUGAAAAUGAAGAGAAAGACAUCAAAAGAUUCAGUCGAAAAGUUCGAAAGGUUAGGAAUAAUGCUUUGAAAUUUCUGAAAAGUUCUAAACUUUUACACUUUCAGGGCUACGUGGAACGAAUCGAGAAGGACGGAUACUCGGCGAUCUGCACAGGAAUGUUCAAGGCGGAAACAAAUUUUGACAUUUUCCGCAAUUUUCAGGUUUUCACUUGCAAGUUUUUCUAUUUUUAGACCAGUUUUGCAGAUUGUGACGUCAUCUGGAAUGCGUGGAAAAAUCGAGGGCGCGUUCGGCAAAUCGGGAAAAUUCCGUGUGAAUUUCACCGAAAAAAUCGACGGAAUUUUAGCGGAAAAAGAGGAAAUUUCACUUUUUCUCAAAAAAUAUCAAGAUAAUAACAGGCUUGUUAGCUAUGUUCCUGAAAUUAUUAAACAAUAAAUCAUUCUUUUCCUGAAUUCUGCUAUCUUGUAAUUUUCCAACAGUUCUCAAAGCUGAAUGUAUUUCUGACAAUUCUUUGUGUUAAGAAUUAUGAAAAUUCAGGAAAUGCUGUUCGUGUGCUCCAGAAGAUGCCUAUCGACGACGUCACGUCUUCUGAAGGAAGUCAAGAAGACGGCGUCGGCCAAGACGAGAACUCCGACGGCUUCUGAAGUCGGCGAGGACGGCCUUCCGAAGGACUACAAGCUGAAGACGUUGAAGGCCGGAAGCCGACGUCUCGACACUUUUAUCAACAGAGCAACUGGCCAGAGCAGCAGGUUUCGAGCAUUUUCCCGCACAAAUUGUAUGGAAAAUGCCACUAUUUUUCAGCGAAGUAAUCAAACUAAUCGGCCAGGGAAAGGUCCGUGUCAACGAUGAAGUUUACACGAAAAAGGCCUACAACGUAAGAGGGAUUUUCAAAAAAAAAUCAAAGUAAAAUGCUUUCUAGGUGUGUCACGACGAUGUCAUCGAAGUGUGGAAGUCGCCGUUCGCCGAAAAUUCCGCCCUGGCGAACGUGGAGAGAACGGAGGUAAAACUAGCGAAUUUUGUGAUUUAAGCAAGUAUCGUCUUUUAGAUUGUGACCUACGAGGUGACGGAACAAGGAUAUAAUAUCGAAAUAAAAAGUUGGAAAAACUUUCUCUCCGAUAAUUGGCGAUCUUCGCAAUAAUUUCCGUUUUUUUUUCACAUUAGGCCAAUUGCAGAUGAAUUAGUGCUUUUCCCCAUCCCGGAAAUGUCUCAUUUUCCGCACGCAUUCAGUCUUUACAGACAAAUCGGAUCGCACUUUUUUCCUUCUUUUUGUUGUCAGUUGACACACGUUUUAAUCGAAUCGUGUGUGGUGGUUGGUGGUCGAGCCGAACACCACACACAAUCAAAGCUACAAUCUGGCGCCCUCACGAAUUUUGCCGCCACGUCAUCCUGUCCCAAGUACCGAUGACGUUUCGGAUACCUACGCUCGAAAUAGCCCUGGAAGGUUCCCGAGAAAUCCGAUUCCGACCCCUUUAGACUCUCCUCCUCUGACCAAUUUGAGUAGUAGCUCAAGUAUUGGCAAAACACGUUUUUCAUCCGCCCAUUAGAUGAAGGCAAUCUCCCUCGGGAAAGGCUCUGGGGUCUCAGAAAUCCCAGAGUCUGGUCGGCAAAACGAAGGUAUUUUGUUGAAUGUCGAAAGACGCCUUCUUGUGAUCACGAAUUUAUGCGUCAGCCUCGGCCAUUAGGCGGAAAAGAAGGGGAAGAAGAGACCAAACACAAUUUAGGUGAGUGAGUGGGCCGCUUGGACGAUUUAUGGUGGAACGAGAAAGUAUGUUUUUCCAGCGAGACGAUCAGAGUCAACUUGCGAAAGGAUAAUUUGGAGAAACUUGAAGUGUCCAGUCAUCCUCUUCACAUUCUGAACUACAAGUUCAAGUUUGAAGGAAACUGA